CCGACCCCGCCCCCCCGCUCCCAUUGGUCACUCUGUUUUUGAUUGACGCGCAGCUCGCCCAAUGGAAAUCGCGUCCGCAGCCCGGAAGCGGAAGCGCGCGGGGCGGAAGCGGAAGUGAAGCAGAAAGCAGCAAUGGCGGCGGCCUGGGCUCGGCUCGGGGCGCUCAGCGGAGCCGCCGCGAUGGCGGCAGCGGCCUACGGGGCGCACGGAAUGCGCCGCAGCGACCGGGACGAGUAUCAGAAAGAGCUCUACGACACCGCCAACCGUUAUCACCUCCUGCACAGCCUGGCCCUGCUGGCGACGCCGCACUGCCGCCGGCCGCACCUGGCCGGCUCCCUGCUCCUGGCCGGGCUCGGGCUCUUCUGUGGCCCCUUUUACUUCCACGGCCUCACCGGGGACCCCAAAUUCAACCGGGGGGCUCCGGUGGGGGGGUCCCUGCUCAUCCUGGGCUGGGCGGCCAUGGCGCUCUAGGGACCCCCAAAAACUGCACGAAAAUCGUCAAAAACCACCUCGAAAUCAUCAAAAACGGCCAAAAAAUCAUCGAGAACAGCCAGGAAAUUGUCAAAAACCACCUGGAAAUCGUCAAAAACGGCCAAAAAAUCACCAAAAACGGCCAAAAAAUCAUCGAGAACAGCCAGGAAAUCGUCAAAAACCACCUGGAAAUCGUCAAAAACGGCCAAAAAAUCAUC